UCAGUGACACAACACAACAUCAGCCCUGAGCUCUCGCAGCAUCCGCAUCUCACGGCCGAGAGGACCAAGGAGCACAUCUUCAUCCCAGCAUCCAUUCCAAAACUGCCUGCCAUCGUCUGCGCACCGCAGACUCAAGGCGUGCUCAUCCUCAGCUCGCUUCUGUUUUUUUUUGACUCGGACUUGGAUUAUCUUCUUUGUUGCAUUGGUAUUCUACGCGAUGGUUUGAUGUUUUUUUUUUAUCGCGUUUUGUGAGGAAACCAAGGAUCUAGACGAGGACAUCACCGUUGCAUCUAGAUUUUAAAUUCUCAUUGGGCAGGAGAUCUGCAGACGCAGCUCUGACAUCCAGCAGAGACCGUACAAAGGACACCAUCUCCUCGGUUUUAGAUGCCCAGCUGCAGCCUGUAGCCCGGGACCCCCCAGCUCCCAGAAGCAUCGAGGCGCUUAGACCCCUCAGGACCCUCUCUGGUAGACGCUCCUCUGACCCAGUGCGGCUGAAGCCCCUGGACGUCCCCUCACCGUCACCAUGGGAACCGUGCUGUCUUUGUCCCCCAGCUACCGGAAGGCGGCUCUGUUCGAGGAUGGACCCGCCACGGUGGGUCACUACACCGCCGUCCAGAACAGCAAGAACGCCAAAGACAAGAACCUGAAGCGCCACUCGCUCAUCAACGUGCUGCCAUGGAAACGGAUUGUAGCGGUGUCGGCGAAGAAGAAAGGCUCCAAGAAGGUGCAGCCCAACGCCAACUACCAGAAUAAUGUCACUCAGCUGAACAACGAGAACCUGAAGAAGUCGCAGUCAUGCGCCAACCUCUCCACCUUCACCCAGGACCAGAGCACCCCAGCUGUCACCAAGAACUCCAACAACACGGUGUCGUCCGUGAAAAAGGCCCCUCUCACCAACUCCAACGUGGCCCCCGGGACCCCAAAGAGAGUUAUCGUGCAGGCCUCCACCAGCGAGCUGCUGCGCUGCCUCGGGGAGUUCCUGUGCCGGCGCUGUUACCGGCUCAAACACCUGUCACCGACUGAUCCGGUGCUGUGGCUGCGCAGCGUGGACCGCUCCCUGCUCCUCCAGGGCUGGCAGGACCAGGGCUUCAUCACACCCGCUAACGUGGUCUUCGUCUACAUGCUUUGCCGCGACGUGGUCUCCUCCGAGGUGGCCACGGAGCACGAGCUGCAGGCCGUGCUGCUCACCUGCCUCUACCUGUCUUACUCGUACAUGGGCAACGAGAUCUCCUACCCACUCAAGCCCUUCCUGGUGGAGAGCUCCAAGGAGACCUUCUGGGACCGCUGCCUGUCCAUCAUCAACCUGAUGAGCGCCAAGAUGCUGCAGAUUAACUCGGACCCGCACUACUUCACUCAGGUGUUCGCGGACCUGAAGAACGAGAGCCAGAAGGAGGAGGAGAGGAGCCGCCUGCUCAUCGGUCUGGACCGGUGAGGGGAUGCUGGGGGGAGGGGGAGGGGGGGAGCACAGAGGGGGCAGGGGAGGAGGGGGGCAUACUCCAGUCUGGCAUUUUGACAAGUUUGAAAGGAUAAUUGUAAUGCUUUUUAUUUGAAUGUCCAAUCUGCAGCAAGAUGAGGACAGUUGAGAAUUUGUCAUUCAUAACAACUUGGGAGCUAGACUUGAUGAUCAUCAACUUUAUAUGUAGGCUUAAGGAGCUCAAAGUGCUUCAGAAUGGGGGAAUAAAUGCACAUUUAAUGAUAGCAAGGAGAGUCCCUCACUAAUAAUAUAAGUUAGAACAAUUUGACUUGAACAAUAUCAAAACAGGAAACUCAAAAAUGUAAUAAAUGUUAAUAUUAUGUUGGAUAGAAUGGAUAAAAAAGUCAAAGUACUUAAUUUGAAGAGAAUAACAUCAGUAGCCUACGUUGAAAAUCAGAAUAAAAAAAAAAA